CUAAGCUAACAGCUAGCUCGGCUUGUUGUUGUUCCUCCUCCGGUCAGCGGGGCUCCGCCUCAGUGUCUCUCCGCCGGCUCCAGUCACCGACACACGGACGCUCGGCUCGGACUUCCACCCUUCAUGCCCCGGGAUGUCUUACCUGGAGAAGCCGGCCCCCGGCAAGCUGCUGCUGGACGACACCGUGCCCCUGACCGCGAUGAUCGAAGCCAGCCAGAACCUGCAGUCCCACACGGAAUACAUCAUCCGAGUCCAGAGAGGCGUGUCUUCAGACAACAGCUGGCAGGUGAUUCGACGCUACAGUGACUUCGAUGUUCUCCACAGCAGCUUGAUGGUGUGUGGGAUCAGUCUCCCUCUUCCUCCUAAGAAGCUGCUUGGAAACAUGGACAGGGAGUUCAUAGCCGAGAGACAGAGAGGACUGCAAAGCUACCUGGACUCCAUUACCCAGCAUCCACUGCUCUGCAGCUCCCUGACCAUCAAGAAGUUCCUGGACCCCAACAACUACUGUGCCAACUACACAGAGAUCGCCCUGCAGCAGGUCUCCAUGUUCUUCAGGUCGGACCUGAAGUGGGAGGUUCUGGAGCCUCUCAAAGACAUUGGCUGGAGGAUUAGGAAGAAAUAUUUUUUAAUCAAAAACAAAGAGCAGCCCAAAGAGAGGUAUCUGCUGAGCUGGGUCGACAUCGGUCCUGAUAAGUUCCUGUCGGACAAAGACCUUCAGUCAGCAAUGAAGCUGCUCACCAGCCUCUCUGCGCCAUAUCUCUGUCCGCUGUUGUUCUCCAGCACCAGUGAGUCUUCAGCUCUGCUCGUCCGGCCGUUCAGUGAGCGAGGAUCUCUGAGGGAUCACAUCUGUAAGGUGAAGCCCAGAGAGAGUUACCUGAAGAAGUACUGUAACCCGAAGAAGAGCCAGGGCCUGGAACUGCCGCAGAUCAAACUGUACGGCCGUCAGAUCCUGGAGGGUCUGAAGCUCCUGCACGAUGGUGGCCUGUUUUACGGUCACCUUCAUGCGUCUAACGUCGUCGUGGAGGACGGCGUGUGUCGGCUGAUGGACGUGGAGAACGGCAUGCUGGGAGUUCCCUCAACACUACGACCCAGCUUCACCCCCCUCAGGAAGAUCAACACCGUAGAGAGCAUCGACGUCUUCUGCUUCGGUCACUUACUGUACGAGAUGACGUACGGCCGCCCGCCAGACGGCGUUCCCGUGGAUCAGUUCCCGUCUGUCCCCUACACAGCUGUGGUGUCAGUGCUGCAGUCCAUCCUGUCCUCAGAAGCCUUUAAGAGCGGGAUGCCGACGGUGUCACAGCUCGUCCAGACACCGUUGUUCAGUGAUGUCCAGCUCCAACAGUCAGAAAAACUCCAGAUCAAGGUUCCCAGCCGGCUGAAGGAGGCGCUGAAGACGGCCAAGGAGAGUCUGGAGAGGCGGCUGCAGGAGGAGCAGAGGCUGAUGCACCAGCACAGGAGGUUGACCAGAGCUCAGUCUCACCACGGCUCCGAGGAAGAGAAGAAGAGGAGGAAGAUUCUGGCAAGGAAGAAGUCCAGACAGUCGGCUUAUGAAAAUGAAGAAGACCUCUCUGUCCGAAACAACAAUAACUCUGGUUCUGGAGCCAGUUCCCCUCCCACAUGCCCAUCCUCCCCCACCCCCCCAUCAACCACAGGAGCCCAGACUGCUCCUCCACCUCCUCCUCCUCCCCCUCCUCCUCCUAUGCCGGGCUCUUCCUCCUGUCCUCCUCCUCCUCCUCCUCCUCUGUCUUCCUCUGAUGGCGCAGGGGGAGGUCGCUCCGCCCUGCUCAGCUCCAUCCAGGCCUUCAGCAAGGGCAAACUGAAGAAGGCCGAGACCGCCGCCCGCAGCAAACCUGUCACCUGACCCCGCCCCCCCGCCGCCGCUGCAGCCCGUCCUCCACCUGCAAACCAUCAUCACAGCGACAUGUCGACCCACUGGUUCUGCAUCGUGGUCCGGUUCAUGUCGCUGCUCCCAGAGAUGUGAAAACCAAUCAAAGUACCGUUUUUUUGUUUUUAUUUCCAUUCCUGCUUUUACCUGCUUUUAAUUUUUUUUAAAUCCAUUGCUGUGGGUAGAGAGAACCGAGGACUGUGGGAGGAAGGAACUGACGCCUCAGUCUUCGCUUUCAAAGAACUCGAGAGAAUCCUUGGCCCCUGAGGGUCGGAGCCACCAGGCUCCAGAUAACAUGAUGGUGAACUCUGAGUCUGGAGAGCUGCUGAAUGCUUGAGUUUCAAAUCCUGGAGCCUCUGUGGAUGCCUGAUCCCACUGGGGGACAAACUUCAAUAUCCUGGAUCCUAGAACGAUGUGCUCUGACGUUGUCAUGGCGCUGCCCAGUCCUGAUCCUGGAGCAGUGUAGAGAAAAUGGCCCUAACUCCUGCUUCUCCUCUUUUGAAAUCAUCUCAGACUCAUCUUUGACGUGUAGCAUCCAGACUCGGCUGCUCGCUCGCUGCAGGACAUCAGAUGAAAUGAAGAAGAACGCCUCCGGAUUAUAAGGAGCUGCACUGCAAAAAAAAAAAAUAAAAAUCUAAGUUCCAAAAUGUUUAUAAGACAGGUCACUGCAGUAGAGACAAGAAAAAUGUACAUUUUAUAUUGCUAUUAGAACAUUUAUUUGCUUCGGAAACGAGUUGAAAAAACGUACAGAACUUGCAGAUUUUUUUGAUAGUUGAUUGUAGGAGAAUUAUGAGAUUUAACAAGAAGAACAAGAGUCACAUGACAGACAGAAAUGACUUCAUAUGAAGGGAAGUGCGUUUGAAUCUAUAUCAAUAACACUUUGCUUGGUCUGAACAUUAUUGGACUGAGCAGUGUUCUGCACAGUUAGUCCAGAAUCGUGUGAGUUCUUCAGCCCAGAAUCCACUUUGUGUUGAUCCGCUCAGUAAACAUGAAGCAACCCGAUUGGUCAGAUGUAGAUUUGUUCUGAACAACAUAAUCGCUCUUGUAGACCAGACGUGCACUCAAAGUGUCGCACAAAACAAAGAGCAGCAAAAAAAAACAGAUAAUCGUGAUGCUGCCAAUUACAGUAAAAACAUUUCCAACCACCUUCACUGUGCACUUUCAGUUUGCUAGAAAAUUAGACAAAGGUUUAUUUAUCAAUAAAAAUGAGAUGAAGGUGCGAUGGAAAAAGACUCUGGACAGUUCGGACGCAGUCGUUCAGACAUCAGAGAUUUGAGAGCUGUGAGAAGUGAUCAGAGAAGUUUAAGUUUGCUUAAGUCAAACCUGCAGACACAGAAAUACAAGUUGUUUUGUUUGGGAAACACCGUCCACUAACUCUGGUGUCUUUAACAUUCACCCUCCACAGAACUCAGUUUACUUUCAUUUCAGGUUUGAUUUCAGACCCUUGUUGUGGGGAUUCCUGAUGUUAUUGUUUUAAUUCUGUCGUGUUUUAAUGUUUGUUGUCGUCACAGCUGAGAUUAUUUUUGUUGUAUUGUGCCAUAUGGAUCCUUGUGCCUAUUUAAAACUGAUUUUGUUUUUUGUAAAAGUAUUGCAUGUCACAGUAUCAUAUGAUUUGACAUCAGAUCAUCUGUAUGUGUGAAGUUCUGUCUGGUGAGGAUAUAAACACUCUAACACACAGGAUGUCUCCAGCAGGCAGAUCAUUACCACUAACCUACAUAAGAAACUAAUGAUUAUUUUCAUUUAGUCUAUAAAAUGUCAGAAAAAGGAGAGAUCACAGUUUUUAUAGCUUCUAGCUAUAGCCUUAUGCUUACCUGACAAAUACAAGAGCUAUUCUGUGUGUUAAAGUGUUUGUCCUGCGACAGAGCGGCAGAGUCCUGAGCUCAGGUGACUCCUGAAGACUCUGAUCACUAACUUUAAGCACUGGUUGGUUUUGAAUGAGCGCUCUGUGCUGAAAUCAUUUGUUUUUUGCUAUUCUGUGCAAUCCAUAUCCGGUCCAAUGCGAUGGUCUUCACGUCUUGAAAGGCCAUUAAAUUGUGUCAGAAUGUUUCUCUGCAGCACUUUACCGUGAGAAGUGGGAGACGAGUCCAGAGGUGUGUCUGUGUUCAUGAGAACAACUUGCAGGAUAAAUUCAGUCCCAGAGCUGGUAAACAAGCAAGUUGUUAUUAAAACCACUGAAGUGUCCAGGUUAUUGACGACUGUCACACAAUGUUAUCAAGUUCUUUCCCAAUGUCUUAAUAUCUCCUCUACAUUUAUUGCAGCUGUACAAUGAACGUGUUCAUCCAUACUGAAGUUAGAGCUCCAGUAAGCCUGCUGUGAUGAAAUUAUAACUGCAUCUACCAAAUGAACAUUGAUUAAAAAGUGGUUCAGGAAAAUGG